AGGAGCUCAAUCCGGAGUCAAGCCCGAUCUGCAGCGGCCGAGCCUUGCGACGUCCCCUCCCCAUCUCGCUUGCUUCCUCCAGGGGGGGGCGGGCUUCCUCCUGCUUUGGGGAGACAGAGGGGGGGGCUCCAGAAAAGACCCCCGCCUGGGCUUAGAGACCCUGCGAAGCUCCUAAUUGCGAAGCCCCCCCCGCCCGUCUUGGAGACCCCAACUGCGAAGCCCACCCGGGCGCCACUUCGGGGGUCUCCCCGGCUUUGGGAAGGUGGGGAGGGGGCUUGGCCAAGGCUUGGGGGGGGUUGUUGGGGGGUCUCCGCCCAGCGGGGCUCUCCUCCCAGGAUGGGUUGGGGUCGCCUGGGGGCGUCGCUGCUGCUCCUGGCCGCCCAGAUGGUGCUCCAGACGGCCAGGGCACUGCUGAGUCGCCUCUGGCCGGCCAGACCCCGCGACCUGGCCGCCGACUGCGUGCUGAUCACGGGCGGAGGACGAGGCAUCGGGCGCGCCUUGGCUCGGGAGUUCGCCCGGCGCGGAGCCCGCAAGAUUGUCCUGUGGGGGCGGACGGAGAAGUGCUUGAAGGAAGCCACGCAGGAGCUCCAAGCGAUGGGCACCGAGGGCCACUAUUUCGUCUGCGACGUGGCCAACCGGGAAGAGGUUUACCGGCAGGCCAAGGCCGUCCGGGAAAAGGUGGGGGAUGUCACCAUCCUGGUGAACAACGCAGCUGUGGUUCAUGGCAAGACCCUCCUGGACAGUGAUGACCACGCCUUGCUCAAAUCCCAACACAUCAAUACCCUGGGCCAGUUCUGGACCACCAAGGCCUUCCUUCCGCGGAUGCUGGAACUCCAGAGAGGACACGUUGUCUGUCUCAACUCCGUCCUGGCCUUGUCGGCCAUUCCUGGCGCCGUGGACUACUGUACGUCCAAAGCCGCUUCCUUCGCCUUCAUGGAGAGCUUGACCCUGGGCCUGCUGGACUGUCCGGGGGUCAACGCCACCACCGUCCUGCCCUUCCACACCAACACGGAGAUGUUCCAAGGAAUACGCAUCAGGUUUCCCAAUCUUUUUCCUCCCCUCAAGCCGGAGACGGUGGCCCGGCGGACGGUAGAAGCCGUUCAGCAGAAGCAAGCCUUCCUCCUGCUCCCGUGGACUAUGCACAUCCUCAUUUUCUUAAAAAGCAUCUUCCCGCAAACGGCGCUGGACGAAAUCCACCGAUUCGCCGGGAGCUACCAGUGUAUGAAUACUUUCAAAGGACGGACUUAAAACACUGCCGAAACUUUGGUUCUCCUUCCAGGGCUGGGCUAUCUCUUCUCCCGGGGGUUUGUGGUGAGGCCUCCAAAGGAUGGGCCAGCCCAUCGACCAUGAAAGGCCCAACCCGACGGCACCAGGGCGAGGUUUUUAGGGUCUCCGAAGCUCCGUUAUUUUAGCUUCGAGAUGUUCCGAAAGCUGGAGGCAUCUCGGAGGGGUUCCAUCACCUCCUUUCUGGAGUCUCCUGGAUGGCCGAGGAGGUUCGUUUGGGCUUCUACACACACACCACGCUUCCGGGCAGAAGAGGGCUUUUGAGGUCCUCAAGGAGAAGGGAGUUUGGGUGGUCCUCUGAUGGUCCAUCUUCACAAGGAGGCCUUCGGCUUGGUUUUAACCAAGGAGUUUCCAUUCAUGGGGGGGUCUUCCAGCCAAGCUGCUUCCAACCCACCGUGGUUCUCAUUGAAGAACGUCCCAUGAACGUGGACGGAACCACGCUUCAGAUGGUCUCUGGUUGACUUCUUUCUGGUCAAGUGCAAUGGUCAAGACAGACGCUCAAUGGGGACCUCCUCAGCUACCGAGUGGAGCAGCUGGUGGGAGCCAAACCCCCCCCCCCAGGAGGAGAACCAGCCUGCCUCCUGCCUUGGACAAGGGGGUGGGAGGUGGGGUCAGAUUAGAAGAUCUCCAAGGGCUCUCCCAGCCCUAGGAGCCUGUAACUCUGCAGGGAAUUAUCCAUAAAUCCAGGAAACCUUU